AAACCGAGAAAUCCUCUCCAAUUUGUCUCUUCGCCCUCGCCAAGGGCUCCUCCCUGUCACUCCCACCUCAAUCUAAACCCUAAAUCCCUCUCAAACUCUAUCCAAUUUUAUUCAUAAUUAUAUGACUAUGGCACCUCUAGAACAUGAACUUGAAUCUCUACCACAAACCCUAGAUCAAUCCUCAUCUUCUUCGUCGUCUUCUUCUUCAGAUCCGUCGCUUUCUCGUAAUGUAUCCUUCAGUAAACUCAACGCUAAGGCUCCCGCGUUUGUCCCCACGCGCCCCCCUCAACAGCCGCAACCUCCGCCGACGACCACCACUGCUACUCGAGUUGCCGUGAUUCCUCCACCACCGCCCCCGGGUGUGAUGCAUGUUUAUCCUCCUCCGCCUCCUUCGCAGUUCCAUAUUCCUGUUCCUCGCGUGAUGCCGGUCCAAAAUCACCAUCCUCGUCAUCAUAACCCUAAUCACCACCACCACCAGCAUCAUAAUCAGCAGCAGUAUGUUCCGGUGAGGAAUCAUAAUAAUCAUGGUAAUAAUAGUCAGUACGUGGCAGUUCAGUAUCAGGGGAAUCAUAAUCAAAAUCAAAAUCAAAAUCAUCAUUAUGUGAAGAAGGCGCAACUAGAGGAAGAGGUGGAGUCCACUGCUACUCCUUCCGCCAAGAAGGAAGUAGCGGCAGCUGAUCAUGUGAAUAAAACUGAUAAGAACGGAAAUGGGAUGUCUGAUGAUGCUAUGCAGAAACUUUUAAGUCAGGUGGAGUAUUAUUUCAGUGAUUUAAAUUUGGCAACUACUGACCACUUGAUGAGGUUUAUUAACAAGGACCCUGAAGGAUAUGUGCCAAUAUCCAUUGUUGCUUCCUUUAAGAAGGUCAAAGCUGCCAUAAACAGUAAUUCUCAUCUUGCUUCCAUUCUGCGGAACUCAUCAAAGCUUGUAGUUAGUGAAGAUGGAAAGAGGGUGAGACGGCAACAUCCCUUUACAGAGUCGGAUGUUGAAGAGUUGCAAUCUCGCAUAGUGUUUGCUGAAAAUUUACCUGAAGAUCAUUGUCACCAAAACCUCAUGAAGAUUUUUUCUGCCGUUGGGAGUGUGAAGACAAUCCGCACAUGCCCCCCUCAAACUUCUGGCAGCGGAGCCUCUUCAGCAUCCAGAUCAGCUAAAGGCGAGGGAAUGCAUUUCAGUAACAAGUUGCAUGCAUUUGUGGAAUACGAGUCGGUUGAGAUAGCUGAGAAAGCAGUAGCAGAGCUAAAUGAUGAGGAGAAUUGGAGGAGUGGUCUUAGGGUUCGAUUAAUGUUAAAACGUGUGUCAAAACCUACUCAAGCACGAGGAAAUAAAGGGCAUGAUGGCCAAGGAAAGUCUGGGGAAGAAGAUGUUUCGACAUCUGAGCAAACACCAAAUGAAAAACAUAAUGAAGAUCCUCCGCAACUGAAUGAUGUUCAUGCACAUGAGCUUACUGGAGAGGAUCUGGCUAAUGACAAGGAAAGUCCACAGAAAAAGGGGCGGAAUCGAGGACGAGGAAAGGGACGUGGGAGGGGCCAGCACCACCAUAACAACCGUGGGAAUCACAUAGGAACCCCCCCUUCAAAUAAUCCAAUAUAUAAUGAACAGCCAUCUAUACCGAAGCAACAACCUCCUGGACCUCGUAUGCCAGAUGGCACUAGAGGAUUUGCUAUGGGUCGCGGGAAGCCAGUUGCUGUUAAUACUGCAUGACAUGUGUUACUCUGGGUAAGUAAUUCUUCUACGAAAUGGUUUGGAUGGCAGGGUUUUACAAAGGGCUGUCAAUCUGAAGUAGUAACAAAGGGUUGGGUAGAAUAUUUAAUGUCUUGUAUUUGUGUAAGGAGUUGAAGGACAAAACUCUUUUCUUAUAUUAUAUUACUGUCUUUAGCUGUAUGAUGUAGAAACAAGAAGAAUAUGAAAACCCUUGAGAGGGAAAAGUACGAGAAAAAAAAUGAAAAAUACUUAUAUACAUAUAUUGCUGCCUAGACUUUUUAACAUUA